UUCUGGCCAAAGGGGGAUUAUUCUACAUUAGCAGCAGUGUUGACAAGUGCGAGUUCUCGUUUUCUUAUCUCGUUGUCCUCUUCGCAUUGACAAACCAUGAGGGCCUUCGUUGCGAUCGCUGCCAUCCUCGUUGUCGGUGCGCGUGCACAGGAGAACUUCAAGUGUCCCGACGACUACGGCUUCUACCCGCACCACCUGUCGUGCGACAAGUACUGGAAGUGCGACAACGGCGAGGCCGAGCUGAAGACCUGCGGCAACGGGCUGGCGUUCGACGCCACGGACAGCAAGUUCCUCACGGAGAACUGCGACUACCUGCACAACGUGGAGUGCGGCGAGCGCACGCAGCUCGAGCCGCCCAUCAGCACGCCGCACUGCUCCCGCCUCUACGGCAUCUUCGCCGACGAAAAGAAGUGCGACGUGUUCUGGAACUGCUGGAACGGCGAGGCGUCGAGGUACCAGUGCAGCCCCGGCCUCGCCUACGACCGGGAGGCCCGCGUCUGCAUGUGGGCCGACCAGGUGCCCCAGUGCAAGAUCGAAGAGGUGGCCAACGGGUUCGCGUGCCCGGCCGCCGGCGAGGUGAGCGGCGCCUCCGGUAGCUUCUCCCGCCACGCCCACCCCGACGACUGCAGGAAGUACUACAUCUGCCUGGAGGGCAUCGCGCGCGAGUACGGCUGCCCCAUCGGCACCGUCUUCAAGAUCGGCGACGCCGACGGCGCCGGCGCCUGCGAGGACCCCGAGGACGUUCCCGGAUGCGAGGACUACUACGGCGACCUCGACCUCAAGAGCAUCCGCAAGAGCGAGCUGCUCGCCGGCAUCCAGAGCUCGGGCGAGUCCAGGAACCCGACCCCCAAGCACAACAAGCCGAGGCCGCAGGCGGCGCAGCAGCCGCAGCGACCGGCCCAGAACCUCCAGGAGCAGUAGGAGCGGCGAUCGAGGACGCGCGGCCUGGAAGCUGGCUCGAGCCUCGCAGCGCCAGACACUGCCGAGACGAUGACGACCAAUCGAUAUAUUAAGCGAGAGAGACCAGGGUAUCUAGUCUCGUCGACGCCCACGGCGAUCCCCCUCCUUCCUCUUCGUCCUUAUCUCGCCUCACCCCGCCUUCCUCCCUUCCUGCCCCCCUCCUCCUCCUUCUCCUCCUCUUCCACUCUCUAUCCGCGUGAUUCUUGCGUUCAGAGAUCGCCCAAACGCGAACUCUCUCUGUGUACUUUAGUGCGCGCGCACGCCUUCGAGAAGACUCUCUUCUUUUCGGCAUUGCCCUUGCAUUUUUUAUCUGUACUUCUCCAAGGUGCGGCUCGUUUUUUUAAUAUAUAUAUAUUAUAUAUUAUUAUAUGUACGUACUUGCGCCGAUGUACCUAUACAUAUUUUUUUUUUCCUAUCUACCGCUCGAGACGACUUAUCGCGUUCGAGCGUAAACGUUAGAAAACCGCUACUUCUUCAUUUUCUUUUUCUUUUUUUUUUUUUUUACGUACCGUUGUCAAUUUGUCGCGCGAACACACGGACAUUGUUUUGUAAACGAGGCGCCCACAUUCGGACGAAAAUUUCGCGUGUGCUCUUUGGAAUUUGCGUUGUGAGAAAAAUGUGCUUUUGGAAGAGACGAUUGCACUUUGUGGAACGUAUAGACUUCGAAUUCUGCCAAUGUUAGACGUCGAUCCUCUUUUCUUCGCAUUUCUAUUGUAGAAAUCGCUUGCGAGCUCCAUGCAAACAAAAAAAAAAGAAAAAAAACAAAAUCUUCCAUCUCUUUCUCAAGAAUUUCCAACGAACAAACGACAAACAGCAAACAAUAAAAAUUAUU